UCGUGCAACAGGUGAUGUAAAAGUAAAGAGGGGCGUGUAGCAAGCAAAGUAGGGGGUCCUCGAAGUGAAUGCCUUUCUCAUAAUGCGUGGACCUUCUUAGUCUUCCUGGUCUCUUUCCAACCGAUGGACGGAUACCUCACGCGUACUACAUUACUCACGAUUGAAAUAGCGAAAGGUGUGAAGAUCAAGUCAAGAAAUAUUAGGAUAAUAGCUUAAACGGUGCUGAUUUACGGACUAGUCACGCUUCGUUGAUCCAUCGAGAGAAGACAGUCGCGUGACGCUACUCGAGCAAUUAUCAUGAAAGAGAUAAUUAUUUUCGUUAUCCUCGGGAUUGGAAUUGCUCAGACGCAGCUCAACUAUGAGGGAAAUCCGUUAACAGAAAAUACGGAGUAUACGGCCGAGGAGUCGCAAAUUUCAUCAAAGAUCGUUGAAUCAUCAACGAAUGGAACGCAAAAGUUGUAUCCGAUCUUUCACGAGAGCAAGGAUGUUGCUUUAAAAGAUACGAUGCUUAAAGAAGACGGGUUCGAUCGACAAAUUUUGGAAAAUAACUUUAAUCACGCUGGAAUAUCCGCAUCAAUUAAUGUUGCAUCAGCUCGAGAACUUCCAGAUAAUGUUUAUAGCAAAGUGCAGAAACCUCAGAUACUUGAAACCAUAACGAACACAGUUAAGACACCUGCGGAAAUAGCAUUGAAUACAUUUCUGAAUUCCAAGACACCUGAGGAGUCUCAAUUGUCCUUGGAUUUUUUUCUGCAGAAUAGUCAAUCCCAAAAUAAUCAAUGGCCAACGUCAAAUAUUAUUGUUCCUCAAAAUCAACAACAGCAGAUGCAAAUUGUAUCGCAAAAUGAUCAACCAAUACAACAACAAUUGAUACGAACCACACCGAAAGUAAUAAAACAAAUUUCAUCGUAUCCACAAAUAAAUCCACAACAACAACAAUUGGUGGUAGCUCCUGUGCAAAAACAAGUGCUUUUACAGCCUCAACAUGUGUUACAAAUGCCUGGACAAACUUAUGGUUAUGCGGCACAAUAUACAGCCAAUUCUCAAAUAUUGCAACCUUCUCAGAAUAUUCAAAUGAGUCCAGUGAUACCAAAUCAAACGAUAUUGAAACAAUCACCUUUUUCUUCGGAUCCUCUUGAAGAAAUUCAAGCAAGGAGCGAUGUUGUUACUCCGAUGAUGUGGCGUCAACGUAACAGAUGGAUUCGAGGUCAACCAUAUCCCUUUCCUCAGCCUAAAAUCGGUGGUGUCUUAUCAAAAAGUCCUGUCGUAGCACCGUUCCCACGUAAAGGUCCGGUUGAAUUAAUUUACACGAAACCACCUGGAUAUCAUCGUUUUCCACAUCAUGGGCUUUCCUACGAAGAUUCUAAAGUUUGGUUCCCUGAUGCGAAUGGUCCACCUCCAUCCAGCGACGUAUAUUACUCCCAAUUAUACGCUCAAUCUUAUGAUCCCCAUUACUACAAUUACAUUGCUAAGACUGGCAAGAUUAAGCCCCAUCUUUAUGGCAAAUUGGGCAAGUACCCUGAACACGAAGACGGAGGAAUUUGGGCGGAGCUCUAUCGAGGUUUCACGAAACAUGGGUUAAAAAAUAUCAUGACACCAGGAUUCCUCUUAGGUAUGACACUGCCAAUGAUCACUGUGAUGCUUAUGGCACUUGUACAAAAGCGAUCAUUUGGGAGAUACGAUUCGAGAAAUCUUCAGGAUGUAGAUAAUCUUCAAGAAUACCUUGAACGUCUACAACGAGCCAUGGAAUGCUAUGAAAGAAAGAGAAGGAAAACUGAAGAAGUUACAACAGAUGAGUGUUGAAACGCUACUACUCGAGUAAAUAGCCGUUCAUUGACCGAGACCCAGUGACAGUCCGUUUCAUAAACUUUUUCCUCUUCCUUUUCUUCUUUUCAUACUGUCCAAAAUCAGCAUUCGAUCUAUCUUCGUUUCGCAUCGGGAUAUUACAUAAAACAAUUUAUGUUUUACUAUAUACGAACUCGUAUCAGGGAUAAUUAUAAGUUGAUAGAGUAGUAUUUCAAUAUAAGUCGAUGAAACAAUCAAAUCGGAAAAUUACGAUGCAAUAUUUGAUUUUUCUUUGGAAAAAAUCUUAUUCUAGAUCUAUAUGAUAAAUAUGGACAAUGUAUAUAUGUACUUUAAUGUAUUUAAUUACUAAUUACUUAUAAUCAGAUUUGCUUACCAGUUUAUAGAAUAGAAUAAUUUUUGGAGAAUAAAUUUUUAUUAGAUUUUGAUAAGACGGUGCUUCAAUUAAUCCUAUCUUUAACUUUUUUAUCUUUUUCGAUUAAUCUUGCUUUUCUUUUGAUCUUACGAGUUAUCGCCCAAUUUACGCUACUACUAAUACUCGGCCUGAUGUAAUUGACCUUGUUCUUACAGUCGGACCAAUCUUGAAUACUUUCACGAAUGUAUAUACACGAUUAAAAUUGUAACAGAGCAAUAUUUCAAAGAACUUUUCUUGAAAAGUAAAAUAAAAAUUAAGAACGAUAUAGAUCAAAUUUAUAUAAACUGUCGGAUGAUAAGCUAUUUUAAUACUUUUUUUUUUUCUUCAACAGGCGAAUCCACAAAUGAUUUUAACUAAAUAUAUCCAAUAUAAUCGAUCUAUCUAUUAAUCGAACUAUCUAUCAACUCUUGUUUCAUAAUCUGUGCUAUUUAUAUACAUAUACAUACAUAUGUGUAUAUGUAAAUAAAUCAAACUGUUUCAUGGUAUAAAAAUUUAAAAUAAUAUUCAAAGUCUAUUUAAGAUAAAUAUUAUAUAUAAAUGUAGGUUAAAUACUAUAUCUACCAAGACAAGUUUAUGUCCGAUUAAUAAUUUCAAGAAAGUAAUCGCAUAUUCUUCCACAUAAAAAUAAAUUUAUCGAGAUCAUCUUUAUAGAUAACGCGGUACUUGCAUAUGCGUCAGUAGUUAUAAUUUAAUUUCAUCCUCAUAUACAAGUGGUACCAGCUUGAAUAAUCUCUCCGCAUAUCUACCAUAAUAGAAUUAUUUAAUCGAACAAUUGACGGCUCGACUUUACAGGUCAUGAGAUCCAGGCAUCGUAUAUUGUGCCAGACAAACCAGAAUGAUUAUUAAUUUCGAGCUAUUCUUUAUUUGAGCACCGUAAAGAAAAUAAUAUAUCGAUAACGAUAAUAAAAUAAUAAUAAAAGCUGAAUGAAUAACUAUUAAUCGAUAAUUGUCUUCAUCCUGAAAAAUUAAAUGUUAUUCUUAUAUACGUAAUAAAUAGAAGAAAAAUCUUUUAUAUACUACUAUUCGCGAAGAUUUUCAUAAAUACUAUCCGAUAUUGUAUAAUUGUAUAGUAUAGCUUUAACAUCUAAACAUCUAAACAAAUAAUAGAUUUUUUAUUUUCUUGAACGAUUAUUUAUAUUGUCUAAAAAUUAAAAUAUAUAUAUGCAAGUAUAAUAUAUCUUGACCAGUUAUAUGAAUUGUUACUGUUAUU